AUGCAGCACUACUUUAAUUUUGGCGAGUAUUCAUAUUUAAACAGCGAAUUCGUAGAUUCUGACAAUACAAAUUAUAAUUCCACAUCAGUUACAUUUCGAUAUCCUUGUACUAAUUCACAAAACUGCUCUGGUUUCGAAAUCAAACUUAAUCCUGGAAAAUAUUUGUUUGAAGUCUUUGGAGCUCGAGGCUCAGAUAUGUCGUGUGCGCCCCUUCCAUCAGGAUAUGGUGGUUACGGGCGCGCAGAAGUCAUUAUUCCAAAUAAAAUUCCCAUUUAUCUGUAUGUAGGAUCAAGCGGAGAAUGGAAUUCUAAUGGUCCUAGUCCUCCUUCAUUCAAUGGUGGUGGUCCUGGAUUCAAUGCAGGCUCAGGCGGUGGUGCUACAGACUUCAGAAUGUCAAAAAAUGACACACAUACACGAUUUCUGAUUGGGGGUGGUGGAGGGGGACGGGGUCAUAUAGGGGAAAAAUGUUCGAAAAAGCUCCAUGAAAUAAUAACUUAUCCAUAUGGAUACAAUUAUGGUGGUGGAGAAAAUGGAGCUAACGCUAGUGGUUCGACUGGUGGAACGCAAUAUGGACCAGGAAUGGGAUUUCGGUCGGGCUCAUUUGGAAGUGGAUGUGAACUGCAUACACUAGGACGUCACGGAGGUUCCGGAGGGGGAUUGUAUGGAGGAGGUUGUGGUAGAGAUUCAGGAGUUGAUGGUGCUGGCGGAUCUGUAUUUGUUUAUUCUGAUCAUAGAACUCCAGAUAUUUAUGAAAUAAAAUCCAUUAAGAUUUCUAACGGAACACUUAUUAGUGGCAGAAACUUGGAGAAUGGAUAUGCCAUUAUCUCUUUAUUGUCUUUAUUUACAGAUAUCCCAAACAAAAGAUUUUGUUUGUCUCAAAUUUCUUGUAAGAACUUCGGCCUUCUCGCGUCUCCAUUGCUGACAAUAAUACACCUUUUACGACGUUGA